UAAAACUAAUCAAUGAAGGCAGAGUUUGCUCAGCACGUUUGAUAAUUUGUACGUGUCGCGGCGGCUUAUACAGACGUUAUUGAAGAUAAACAUUAUGAUUGUGUUUGUUUGGUUUUCUAACUUCUCCUUGUUGUCCUUGUGAUCAGGAAACGGGGAACAGCCAGGUGAUCUUCAUGCAGCUCGACCUGGCCAGUCUGAAGUCCGUUCGCUCAUUCGCUGACGACUUCCUCCGGUCAGAGUCCAGACUGGAUCUGCUAAUCAACAACGCCGGUCUGUUGAAUAGUGGAAAGACGGAGGACGGCUUCGGGAUGAUCUUCGGUGUCAAUCACUUGGGCCACUUCCUGUUGACGGUGUUGCUCCUGGACCGGCUGAAGGCGAGCGGGCCGAGCCGCGUGGUGACGGUGGCCUCCAUAAUGUACAAGAUGGGAAAGGUGGAUUUCAGCUGUCUGACGACUCACAGAGACGUGGCUCUGGGCAGCCGCACGUAUCACCUGGGCCAGAAGUACAACGACAGCAAACUGUGCAACAUCCUGUUUACCUACGAGCUCGCCAAGAGGCUGCAGGGCACCGACGUCACCUGCUACAGCGUCCACCCAGGAGCUAUUCAGACAGAGAUCACUCGUAACUAUGGGUUCUGGUGGGGGCUCCUCAUUCACCCCAUCAUGUAUCUUUUCUUUGUGGAUGCUGUAUCCGGAGCCCAGACCACGCUCCACUGUGCCCUGGAGCAAGGCAUCGAGCAUCUGAGCGGCCACUACUUCUCCAAGUGUGCACCGAAGAUGAACAUCGAGGCGAAGGCGAGAGAUGACGCCGCCGCCAAGAAGCUGUGGGAGCUCAGUGAGAGCUUCUGUGGCCUGUCGUGAAACGGGAAAUCUGAGCUGUGUUUCUAAUCUAAUUUUGUGUGCGUCUCUACGCCUGCACUGUGCUUCAAGCAUCCUUUGAAACUCAAAGAGUCUGACAGCAUUUAAACACAUCAAAUAAUGAAUAAGACAUUUUUACAACUAAGUAAAUGUGACUAAUUGUUUACUAUAAAAGUUUAAUUCGAUUGAAUUUGAAUUAAAACACUACAUCCUGCAUCCGAUAUAUCCUCUACAAAAAUCCAGUGUAUGGCCACACACACGUUAACAUAUAUUUUGAGUUUGUUUUCACAUCAUUAAUUGGCAGCAGAAAUGCGAACAUAGAAUUUAAUAUGCAUGUAUUUACAAUAUGUGGUUCUUGGUGUUGUUAUAUAUACAGUGCUGAAUAUAGAUAUUAAACAUAGAAAUUUGAGAUAUGUGAUUUUAAUGUUUUUAAAAAUAUGGGUAUUCAUGACCUUAUUGAGGUACGUAGCCCACAAUAAAACUUGAAUUAAUGAUGAA